AUGAGUACUAAAGAAAAGAUUGAGAUAGAAACAUCAAUUAAAACUCCAAAAUCAUCAACAACAGUAACCCCAUCCAUAUCCAAAGAUGAGUGUAUCAAAGAGAGCAAUAGCAAGGAACCAGUAGUGAAUGAAAAAGAAAAGAAAAAACAAGCAUUCAUUACAAGAACAAUUUGGACAUUUGUAAUGAUUGGAGGUUUUUUCAUAAUUUUAGCAUCAGGUCAUUUACCUAUAAUAAUAAUGAUAUUAAUAUUUCAAUUUUUAACAUUUAAAGAAAUUAUUGCAUUAACUUCAGAACCUGCAAGAGAUAAAAAUAUUCCUUAUAAUAGAUCAUUAAAUUGGUAUUUUUUAGUUACAACUUGGUAUUAUCUUGAUUUCCCAUCAUUUGUUGAAUUUUUUCAAGAUAAAAUAUUAUCAAAUAAAAUUUUAACUUUAUUAGUUAUAAAUCAUAAAUUUGUUAGUUAUACUUUAUAUAUUGCAGGAUUUAUAUUUUUUGUAUGGACUUUAAAAAAGGGAUUUUAUAAAUUUCAAUUUGCUCAAUUAUGUGUUACUCAUAUGACAUUAUUAUUAGUUGUAUUUCAAGCUCAUUUAAUAAUUGAUAAUAUUUUAAAUGGUAUAUUUUGGUUCUUUUUACCAUCUGCUUUAGUUAUUGUAAAUGAUAUUUUUGCAUAUAUUUGUGGUAUUACAUUUGGAAGAACUCAAUUGAUUGAAAUAUCACCUAAAAAAACUGUGGAGGGAUUUGUUGGGGCUUGGAUUUGUACUGGUAUUGCAGCUGUUAUUGGAUCAUAUGUAUUAUCAAAAUCAGAUUAUUUAAUUUGUCCUGCUGAAAAUUUAUCAACUCAUUUGUAUAAUUAUCCUAUAUGUGAACCAAAUCCUGCUUUUAUACCUCAAGUUUAUCAAUUACCUCAAAAUAUAAUAGAUUUAUUAGGUGGUAAUAUUGAAGUUAUAACUUUUAAACCAAUAUAUUUCCAUGCAGCAAAUUUAGCAACUUUUGCAUCAUUAAUUGCACCAUUUGGUGGAUUUUUUGCAAGUGGAUUAAAAAGAGCAUUUGGAAUUAAAGAUUUUGGAGAUACUAUUCCAGGUCAUGGAGGUAUAACUGAUAGAUUUGAUUGUCAAUUUUUAAUGGGUUCAUUCACUUAUUUAUAUUAUCAAACUUUUAUAAGUAAUCAUAAUGUUAAUUUAGGUAAAAUUUUACAAAUGGCAAUUAUAAAUUUAAGUUUACCACAAUUAGUUCAAUUAGUUAAAAGUAUAUUGAGGUAUUUGAAUAGAGAACAAGUAAUUGAUGAUGAUAAAUUAAAAGUCAUAUUUGACAUUUUAGAACUUCAAAAUUAA